AUGGCCCGCCGCCCGCCGGGGCCACCCCCGGACCGCCUCCGAGCCCGGGGGCCCGACACGCCCACGCCCGUCCCCCGCCACCCCGCCCCGUCCAGCCGGGGCUCCGGGAGGGCGGCUUCGGGGGCGGGGCGCCCCGCCCACCGCCGGCGCCCAUUGGCCGACGUCCACGUCCGUCACCCCGCCCCGCCCCGGACUGUCCAAUCGGGCGUCGGAGCGCCCCCAGUGACCACGCCCCCAACCGGUCUGGGGUCGGGGGGGGGCGGCUCCCCUCUCACCGCCGGCCCUCAUUGGCCGACGUCCCCGUCCCGCACCGCGCCCCUCCCCGGACUGCCCAAUCAGGCGUCGGAGCGCCUCGUCCGGCCGCGCCCCCAGGCCGGGGAUCCGGGAGGGCGGCUUCGGGGGCGGGGGCGCCCCUCCCACCGACGGCGUCCAUUGGUCGACGUCCACGUCCGUCACCCCGCCCCCCCCCGCCCCGUCCAGUCCGCCGUCCGACCGCCUCGUCGGGCCGCGCCCCCAGGCCGGGGCUCCGGGAGGGCGGCUUCGGGGGCGGGGCGCCCCGCCCACCGCCGGCGCCCAUUCGUCGACGUCCACGUCCGUCACCCCGCCCCGUCCCGGACUGCCCAAUCAGGCGUCGGAGCGCCCCCCGUGACCACGCCCCGAAGCCGGUCUGGGGUCGCGGGGGGCGGGGGGGAGGCUCCCCUCUCACCGCCGGCGCCCAUUGGCCGACGUCCCCGUCCCGCACCGCGCCCCUUCCCGGACUGCCCAAUCAGGCGUCGGAGCGCCUCGUCCUGCCGCGCCCCCAGGCCGGGGCUCCGGGAGGGCGGGAUCAGGGUGGGGGCGCCCCGCCCACCGCCGGCGCCCAUUGGUCGACGUCCACGUCCGUCACCCCGCCCCGCCCCGGACUGUCCAAUCAGGCGUCGGAGCGCCCCCCGUGACCACGCCCCGAAGCCGAUCUGGGGGGUGGGGGCUCCCUUCUCACCGCCGGCGCCCAUUGGCCGACGUCCCCGUCCCGCACCGCGCCCCUCCCCAGACUGUCCAAUCAGGAGUCGGAGCGCCCCGCCGGGCCACGCCCCCAGGAAGGAAGGGGCUCCCGGAGGGUGGGAUCGGGUGAAGCGCGCCCCGCCCACCGCCGGCGCCCAUUGGCCGGCGUCCACGUCCGUCACCCAGCCCCGUCCAAUCAGGAGUCGGAGCGCCUCGCCUGGCCACGCCCCCAAGCCUGUCUGGGGUGGGGGGGAGGCGCCCCGUUCACCGCCAGUGCCCAUUGGCCGGAGUCCACGUCCCUCACCCCGCCCCGUCCAAUCAGGCGUCGGAGCGCCCCGGCCACGCCCCCAGGCCGGGUCUCCGGGAGGGCGGGUUCGGGGGAGGGGCGCCCCGCCCACCGACGGCGCCUAUUGGCCAACGUCCACGUCCGUCCCCAUCCCCGUCCAAUCAGGCGUCGGAGCGCCCCAUCUGGCCACGCCCCCAAGCCUGUCUGGGGUCGGGGGGGAGGGGUGCCUCGCUCGCCGCCGGCGCCCAUUGGCCGACGUCCACGUCCGUCCCCUCGCCCCGUCCAAUCAGGCAUCGGAGCGCCUCUCCUGGCCACGCCCCCAGGCCGGGUCUCCGGGAGGGCGGGUUCGGGGGUGGGGCUCCCCGCUCACCGCCGACGCCUAUUGGCCGACGUCCACGCCCGUCCCCCCCGCCCCUUCCAAUCAGGUGCCGGCGCGCCUCGCCUGGCCACGCCCCCAAGCCGGGGUGGGGGUGGGCUCUCCUGUCAUCGCCGGCGCCCAUUGGCCGACGUCCACAUCAGUCGCCCCGCCCCUCCCCGGUCUGGCCAAUCAGGCGUCGGAGCGCCCCCCGGCCACGCCCCCAGGCCGGGUCUCCGUGCGAGGGGGCGGGGUUGGGGGGCGGGGCUGA